UUGCGAUUCGGCUUCAUAUCCUGUCGUUGUCCUUUAGCGCUUGCCCAAGCCUUUUCAGUUUGAGGUUUUGAGUGCAUUUGAGCGGCUGCAAAUAAAAACAGAACUGUGUGUGCGCAAAAACAAACCAUAAAUAUCUGGAAACUAGUGGAUGUGGUUUGGUUAAAAUCAAAUAUAUAGAUUGAACAGUGAAGGAUAUAGAGCGUAUAUCCUUAAACCAAUUGCCGCAUCUUAGCUAACCGGCUCGGAGCGUUAUAAUUAUUUGACUCUUCAUCGGGGUUGUGCAUCUGCACUAAACGGCUUCAAAAUUAACUACUCAAAGUACCACCACAACGCUAUGUCCCUUUCGGCCAUAGCCAAGCCAAUACUCUACUCGUAUUGGCGCAGCUCGUGCUCCUGGCGCGUGCGCAUUGCGAUGAACCUCAAGGAGAUACCCUACGACAUCAAGCCGAUCAGUCUGAUCAAGUCCGGCGGCGAGCAGCACUGCAAUGAGUAUCGCGAGGUUAACCCCAUGGAGCAGGUUCCGGCACUACAAAUUGAUGGCCACACCCUCAUCGAAUCGGUGGCCAUAAUGCACUACCUCGAGGAGACUCGUCCGCAGCGACCACUCCUGCCACAGGACGUCCACAAGCGGGCCAAGGUGCGCGAGAUCGUGGAGAUCAUUUGCUCUGGCAUCCAGCCACUCCAGAACCUUAUCGUUCUCAUACACGUGGGCGAGGAGAAGAAGAAGGAGUGGGCCCAGCACUGGAUCACACGUGGUUUCCGGGCGGUAGAGAAGGCGCUGUCCACCUCGGCCGGAAAAUACUGUGUGGGGGAUGAGAUCUCCAUGGCCGAUUGCUGCCUCGUACCUCAGGUGUUCAACGCCAGAAGAUUCCAUGUCGACUUGCGCCCCUAUCCUAUUAUACUGCGCAUCGACCGGGAACUGGAGAGCAAUCCGGCGUUCCGAGCUGCCCACCCCUCCAAUCAACCGGACUGUCCGCCGGAGCUGCCCAACAAAUAGAAUUUUCCGACGCCAACUGCAAAGCGCCGUAAAACGAAAAAGUGAAUUGCAGUUCGACACCGAAGACACAGGACAAACUAAAAACUAAACUCUGAUCAGUGAGCAGGACGUGUGAAGGACUAGAAACGAUGUGGAGGAUUAAAAAUAUGGCUAAGCUGGCGAGGAUUCCAUUAAGAAGAAACAGUCGGAUGUGAUUUAUAGAAAUUGCUAACAGCAUUUAAAUAUGCAUAAAUGCAUAAAAAUACUAUCGAUAGUAUAACGAAAUUCCAUUCAUGAAAUUCAAAACUUCAAAUUGCAAAAUUCUCAAAAAGAAACGGAACAAAAACUUUUUAAUAAUAAAUUCUUCGAAUUCCCUUAGUUUGUCAUUGUGAACAUGAUCUAAAAGAUGAACUCAUAUAUAUUAAAUGUAACUUAUUUUUAUGCAUUUUAUUUAGGCUAACAAAAACAUAACAAAUUCAAGGAAAACUCAUGACGAAAAGCAAAAUUCAAUUCAGGGAUCUAUGAACAAAAAACAAAAAAGUAUAAAAACCAAAUCGAGAGCACAUGUGUGCGGUUGAAAACUAUCGAAAAUAUACAAAUAUAUGUAUAAGUACUUCAUGUCAAAGUUGGGCAAAUGCUAAACAAAUCGUUCACAAAGUACAAAA